CAGAGCCAUCGGACAUAUCGGCCGGCUCCCAGAGCUCAGUCUCACCAACUAUGUACUACACCUGAUUUGCAGGAGAGCGAGCUAGGCAGAGACGAUGAGCUCCCCAGCGGCGGCCGUGAAGGUGAUCGGCGCAUUGGACAGCCCGUUCAGCCACCGCGCCGAGAUCGCCCUGCGCCUGAAAGGAAUCCCUUACGAGCUCAUCCCAGAAGACCUGAGAAACAAAAGCGAGCUGCUGCUGGCCAACAACCCCGUCCACAAGAAAGUUCCCGUGCUCCUCCACGGCGACCGCGCCGUCUGCGAGUCCCUCCUUAUCGUCGAGUACGUCGACGAGGCCUUCCCCGGCCCACCCCUCCUCCCCGCCGACCCAUAUGAGAGGGCCAUGGCCCGCUUCUGGGCCAGCUUCAUCGACGGCAAGUGCUCGAAGGCGUACUGGCUGGCGCUGUGGGCGGAGGGCGAGGCGCAGGAGGGGUUUAUGAAGGAGACCAAGGAGAACUUCGCGCUGCUGGAGGCGCAGCUGGAGGGGAGGCGGUUCUUCGGCGGCGACGCCAUCGGUCUUGUCGACAUCGCGGCAUGCGGGUUAGCGCACUGGCUGGGCGUCUUCGAGGAGGUCGCCGAGGUGAGACUGGCCACCGAGGACGAGUUCCCUCGCCUCUGCCGCUGGGCCAAGGAGUACGUGUCCGACGAGAAGGUGAGGGCGUGCCUGCCGGACAGGCCGCAGCUGCUCGCCCGCUUCGCUGCCAACAAGGGGAUGUUCAUGGCCAUCGCCAAGUCCAUGCUGCCGCCCAAGUAGCUAGCCGGUGUGUCUAUGUCCAUGCAUGGAUGUGCACGUGGGCGCGCAUGGGUGUGUGUGUCUAUGCCCAGCCAGCGAUCGCUGUUGUGUCAGCUUGUGCUGUUUUGCUGGACAGAAUAAAAAAGACGAACGUAUUGGACGAA